AUGGUUGUAUUCGAGUUAAUCAAUCCCGCGCCGCUCACUGAGCGUGUGCAAUCCCGUCAGGCAAACAUUUAUCUCUAUCGGGCCAUGAAGCUAAUUGGCUGGAUACCACCAAAGGAGGGAUUAACACGAUAUGUGUAUCUAUUCUGGACAUGUGUACCGUUUGCCUUCGGAGUCUUUUAUCUACCCGUUGGCUUCAUCAUAAGUUAUGCCAAGGAGUUCAAGAACUUUACCCCAGGCGAGUUUCUGACUUCCCUGCAAGUGGCCAUCAAUGUCUACGGAGCAUCGGUGAAGUCCACAAUUACCUAUAUAUUCCUUUGGCGUCUGCGAAAGACGGAACAGUUGCUGGACACACUGGAUCAACGGCUUCAGAACGAGAGCGAUCGUCGCAAGAUUCAUGAAAUGGUGGCGCGAUGCAAUUACGCCUUUCUUGUGUACAGCUUCAUCUAUUGCGGCUAUGCCGGCUCGACAUUCUUGUCCUAUGCCCUGAGUGGUCGGCCACCGUGGUCUGUCUACAAUCCAAUCGUGGAUUGGCGCGAUGGACUGGGCAGUCUGUGGAUACAGGCGAUUUUCGAGUAUAUCACCAUGUCAUUUGCUGUGCUUCAAGAUCAACUAGCCGAUACGUAUCCAUUGAUGUUUACCAUCAUUUUUCGAGCCCAUGUAGACGUGCUCAAGGACCAUGUAAGGAAUUUACGGACUGACCCCACAAAAACUGAAGCUGAGAAUUAUCAGGAGUUGGUGAAUUGUGUCAUGGAUCACAAGUUGAUUCUAAGGUGCUGCGACAUGAUUCGACCUAUGAUAUCCCGCACAAUAUUCGUGCAAUUCAUGUUGAUCGGUUCCGUAUUGGGAUUGACUUUGAUAAACGUAUUUUUCUUCUCCAAUUUCUGGAAGGGCGUAGCCUCGUUCUUGUUUGUCAUAACCAUUCUGCUGCAGACAUUCCCAUUCUGCUAUACGUGCAAUCUGCUUAUCGAUGACGGCGAGGAUUUGGCCAACACUAUAUUCCAAUCGAACUGGGUUGAUGCCGAGCCCCGCUACAAGGCCACACUGGUUCACUUCAUUCAUCAUGUCCAGCAACCCAUCAUAUUCAUAGCCGGCGGCAUAUUUCCCAUCUCAAUGAACAGCAACAUCAGUGUGGCCAAGUUUGCUUUCAGCAUUAUAACCAUAGUGCGUCAAAUGAAUCUGGCCGAACAGUUUCAAUAGGCUUUACCCUUAAUUCUAUUUUCCAAGCAAAAU